AUGCAUUUUUUAUUUUUUACAUUAUUAUUAUCCUUAUUAUUCCCAUCACUUAUUGCAGGUCACGGGUAUGUUAUUGACACAACAAGCUUCAUAAAAACUGGAUGGAAUAGUCCCUUUGAAUCAACAUACUCUAAAUCUCUAGACAAAACUACUGGUUACUACGGCUAUUUACAUUAUACUAUCAUAUUCUAUGUAUUUACACCAGUGAUACAAACUGAAACUACAGUGACUUCAUUUGACAUAACGAAAGAUAGUCCAGAAGAACUUCAUACUUCUUCUACAAUUACUGGUAAAGAUGGAUAUGAAACAAUUAUUAAUGAAUUGAUUAUUGUUUACCCCAUAAGUAAGAUCUAUAAAACUAGGCUGACAACAACAGAAAAGGUAGGGGAGUCGCCUUACACCUAUUCUAUUGAAACUGUUUUAAGUACCAAUGAAAUCGGAGAUUAUGUAGCCACUAUUAUAUAUGAUGUUGCAGUUCCCAAAAUCUCAACUAACUAUCCUGAAUUUGAUGCAGCAAAUAAUUUCAAUGAUCACAAUGUGGGUACAGUUACUAUCGGAACUCCGUGGAGUAGAACACAAUUCAGUAUAUAUUCUACAGGAAAAUCUGUUACUUUUGUUGGGAAUUCUUUUUCAACUCUUACAAUCUUUUAUGUAAGCGUACCUGUUACAACAAUUACUAAGGAGCUUGUAUUUUUAACAGACGUGAAUUCAACUAUCACCUUUCAUACCGAAACAAGUGAUGUCGGAUUAAUAUACUAUACAUCAUAUACGGUUGUUUACUUUUAUAUAUUUGUACCAGUUAUUAGUAUUACAUCAACUUCUUCUACACGAGUUUCAAAAACUGGUUCUGCCCCUUAUACUAUUGCAACUUCUCAUUUGUCUUAUAUCGGAAGUGACGGAAAUAGAAGCACAGGAAAUUUAUAUGUUGUAGCUUAUCCUAACAAUCUUUUUGAAAGGACAACUACCAUUGGUUGGACCGGUAGUUAUUCAACUGUGAGUACUGAUUUGAUUACAACUACCGGAACCAAUGGUGUAAAGACAGAGGGUACCAUAUACUAUAUCUUGACAACAAGGAACGUCGGUAUAUAUCAGACAUCAUACUGGACUGGUUCAUACCUAUCAGUUACAACUUCAGUAUCAUACAGUACUUCUGGCUGGUGGUUCAAUACUACUACAUUUACAACCACUUACUACUACGUAUAUUUGCCCAAAAUAGUAAGCAUUUCUACUAUUUAUAAGGCAGCUUCAGUGACAAUGAAACAAACCUAUUCAACGCAUAGUUCUUCAUUCUAUGAUAAAAAUAGUUAUUUGAUUCUCGAAACGAUAUAUUACGUAGAAACUCCCAUAAGGAAACUAACAAAGAUAAUAACUAAAACAAGCGACAUUAGUGGUAAAGAAAUAAUUACGUUUUCCACUGAUAUUUCAACUUCUUCUGGAUUGGACGGAGACACCACUGUCACAGUAUAUUACGUCGCGUUUCCAGAAAACCUACUGAAAACAACUUCAAAGGAUGGUUGGACAGGAUCAUGGGAAACAACUUAUAAAACAUCACUAACAAUAACACAAGGAAGUGAUGGAAAUAAUACUACACUUACUAUUUAUUAUGUCCAUACCACAAGAAACCCUGGAAUAACAUUAACAAAACCGUGGUCAUCCUCAUAUACAACCUUUUACUCCACUACAAUAUCAACAUAUGUUGAAAACAAUUCAAACUUGGAAAUUACAACUAAAACUCAAACUAUUUAUUAUGUUCAUAUUCCAAUCUAUGUUUCAUACUCAGAAUCUUUAGUUUUAGGGACACUCCAAUAUUCCACAACUUAUUCAACAAGCGUUGAAUUAACAACAGAUGAUCAGGGCAAUGUUACGACUAAUAUAGUCUAUUAUAUUUUUACCCCUUCCCAUGUUACUUAUAUAACUAGAAAAACAAGAACCAACAUCGAUGGUACCAAUUCUACUACUUUUUCAACUGAAAUACGAACUCAAACAAAUACAAAUGGAGAUGAAAUCACGGAAACUAUAUAUUAUAUUGGUAUUCCUGAUAACUUGUUUAUUUCUACUCAAAGAAAACCCUGGAGCUCAAGUGACACAAGCACGUUUUCAACCGAAUUCGUAACGUUGUUUGGGCUGGAUAGUACAUGGAGUAUAGACACUAUUUAUCAUGUUUAUACUCCAAUCAAGGAAAUCCAAUCGACAAUUUACCAGGCUGGAACACUCAGUUCCACUUAUACUUACCUGACUAAGAUAAUGACUGUAACAGAUAACAAAUAUCUAGAAACUACAAAAACCUUAUAUUAUGUGUUAACUCCAAUUAGAUUAACUACAAAGUAUUCAAGGGUACAAUCAUCUGUUAAUACCAGGACAACAUAUUCAACACAAACUACAACAAUUACUAAUGAACAAGGAGAUGAAAUCAAAGAAAUAGUUUUCUUCAUUGCUUAUCCAACAAUAAAAGAAACCAGCACGAUAACCUUCAUUACUAACAUCUCAAAAACUACAACAAUAACCACAAUUACAAAGACUAAAACAAACGCCAACAACGAAGAAAUCGAAGAAAUACUCUAUUACGUCUUAAUACCAACAGAAAUAAGUACCACAAUACAAAUCCCUUAUCCAAUCACCACCACCGUUGUGUCUGGUAGCUCAACCGAAACCGAUGUAGUCUCAUUCUACAAGACUGUUGAUUCUGAAGACAACGAAAUCGUUACUUCCACCACCUACACUCUACAUGGUGCAUCAGUUCCAUCUGCCUUCACCACCACCGUUGUGUCUGGCAGCUCAACUGAAACCGAUGUAGUCUCAUUCUACAAGACUGUUGAUUCUGAAGACAACGAAAUCGUUACUUCCACCACCUACACUCUACAUGGUGCAUCAGUUCCAGCUCCAGUCACCACCACCGUUGUGUCUGGCAGCUCAACCGAAACCGAUGUAGUCUCAUUCUACAAGACUGUUGAUUCUGAAGACAACGAAAUCGUUACUUCCACCACCUACACUCUACAUGGUGCAUCAGUUCCAUCUGCCUUCACCACCACCGUUGUGUCUGGCAGCUCAACUGAAACCGAUGUAGUCUCAUUCUACAAGACUGUUGAUUCUGAAGGCAACGAAAUCGUUACUUCCACCACCUACACUCUACAUGGUGCAUCAGUUCCAGCUCCAGUCACCACCACCGUUGUGUCUGGCAGCUCAACCGAAACCGAUGUAGUCUCAUUCUACAAGACUGUUGAUUCUGAAGACAACGAAAUCGUUACUUCCACCACCUACACUCUACAUGGUGCAUCAGUUCCAGCUCCAAUCACCACCACCAUUGUGUCUGGCAGCUCAACCGAAACCGAUGUAGUCUCAUUCUACAAGACUGUUGAUUCUGAAGACAACGAAAUCGUUACUUCCACCACCUACACUCUACAUGGUGCAUCAGUUCCAUCUGCCUUCACCACCACCGUUGUGUCUGGCAGCUCAACUGAAACCGAUGUAGUCUCAUUCUACAAGACUGUUGAUUCUGAAGACAACGAAAUCGUUACUUCCACCACCUACACUCUACAAGGUGCAUCAGUUCCAUCUGCCUUCACCACCACCGUUGUGUCUGGCAGCUCAACUGAAACCGAUGUAGUCUCAUUCUACAAGACUGUUGAUUCUGAAGGCAACGAAAUCGUUACUUCCACCACCUACACUCUACAUGGUGCAUCAGUUCCAGCUCCAAUCACCACCACCGUUGUGUCUGGCAGCUCAACCGAAACCGAUGUAGUCUCAUUCUACAAGACUGUUGAUUCUGAAGGCAACGAAAUCGUUACUUCCACCACCUACACUCUACAUGGUGCAUCAGUUCCAGCUCUAAUCACCACCACCAUUGUGUCUGGCAGCUCAACUGAAACCGAUGUAGUCUCAUUCUACAAGACUGUUGAUUCUGAAGGCAACGAAAUCGUUACUUCCACCACCUACACUCUACAAGGUGCAUCAGUUCCAUCUGCCUUCACCACCACCGUUGUGUCUGGCAGCUCAACCGAAACCGAUGUAGUCUCAUUCUACAAGACUGUUGAUUCUGAAGACAACGAAAUCGUUACUUCCACCACCUACACUCUACAUGGUGCAUCAGUUCCAGCUCCAAUCACCACCACCAUUGUGUCUGGCAGCUCAACCGAAACCGAUGUAGUCUCAUUCUACAAGACUGUUGAUUCUGAAGACAACGAAAUCGUUACUUCCACCACCUACACUCUACAUGGUGCAUCAGUUCCAUCUGCCUUCACCACCACCGUUGUGUCUGGCAGCUCAACUGAAACCGAUGUAGUCUCAUUCUACAAGACUGUUGAUUCUGAAGACAACGAAAUCGUUACUUCCACCACCUACACUCUACAUGGUGCAUCAGUUCCAGCUCCAGUCACCACCACCGUUGUGUCUGGCAGCUCAACCGAAACCGAUGUAGUCUCAUUCUACAAGACUGUUGAUUCUGAAGACAACGAAAUCGUUACUUCCACCACCUACACUCUACAUGGUGCAUCAGUUCCAUCUGCCUUCACCACCACCGUUGUGUCUGGCAGCUCAACCGAAACCGAUGUAGUUUCAUUCUACAAGACUGUUGAUUCUGAAGACAACGAAAUCGUUACUUCCACCACCUACACUCUACAUGGUGCAUCAGUUCCAUCUGCCUUCACCACCACCGUUGUGUCUGGCAGCUCAACCGAAACCGAUGUAGUUUCAUUCUACAAGACUGUUGAUUCUGAAGACAACGAAAUCGUUACUUCCACCACCUACACUCUACAUGGUGCAUCAGUUCCAGCUCCAAUCACCACCACCAUUGUGUCUGGCAGCUCAACUGAAACCGAUGUAGUCUCAUUCUACAAGACUGUUGAUUCUGAAGGCAACGAAAUCGUUACUUCCACCACCUACACUCUACAUGGUGCAUCAGUUCCAGCUCCAGUCACCACCACCGUUGUGUCUGGCAGCUCAACUGAAACCGAUGUAGUCUCAUUCUACAAGACUGUUGAUUCUGAAGGCAACGAAAUCGUUACUUCCACCACCUACACUCUACAUGGUGCAUCAGUUCCAGCUCCAGUCACCACCACCGUUGUGUCUGGCAGCUCAACCGAAACCGAUGUAGUCUCAUUCUACAAGACUGUUGAUUCUGAAGGCAACGAAAUCGUUACUUCCACCACCUACACUCUACAUGGUGCAUCAGUUCCAGCUCCAGUCACCACCACCGUUGUGUCUGGCAGCUCAACUGAAACCGAUGUAGUCUCAUUCUACAAGACUGUUGAUUCUGAAGGCAACGAAAUCGUUACUUCCACCACCUACACUCUACAUGGUGCAUCAGUUCCAGCUCCAGUCACCACCACCGUUGUGUCUGGCAGCUCAACCGAAACCGAUGUAGUCUCAUUCUACAAGACUGUUGAUUCUGAAGACAACGAAAUCGUUACUUCCACCACCUACACUCUACAUGGUGCAUCAGUUCCAGCUCCAAUCACCACCACCAUUGUGUCUGGCAGCUCAACUGAAACCGAUGUAGUCUCAUUCUACAAGACUGUUGAUUCUGAAGGCAACGAAAUCGUUACUUCCACCACCUACACUCUACAUGGUGCAUCAGUUCCAGCUCCAGUCACCACCACCGUUGUGUCUGGCAGCUCAACUGAAACCGAUGUAGUCUCAUUCUACAAGACUGUUGAUUCUGAAGGCAACGAAAUCGUUACUUCCACCACCUACACUCUACAUGGUGCAUCAGUUCCAGCUCCAGUCACCACCACCGUUGUGUCUGGCAGCUCAACUGAAACCGAUGUAGUCUCAUUCUACAAGACUGUUGAUUCUGAAGGCAACGAAAUCGUUACUUCCACCACCUACACUCUACAUGGUGCAUCAGUUCCAUCUGCCUUCACCACCACCGUUGUGUCUGGCAGCUCAACCGAAACCGAUGUAGUCUCAUUCUACAAGACUGUUGAUUCUGAAGACAACGAAAUCGUUACUUCCACCACCUACACUCUACAUGGUGCAUCAGUUCCAUCUGCCUUCACCACCACCGUUGUGUCUGGCAGCUCAACUGAAACCGAUGUAGUCUCAUUCUACAAGACUGUUGAUUCUGAAGACAACGAAAUCGUUACUUCCACCACCUACACUCUACAUGGUGCAUCAGUUCCAUCUGCCUUCACCACCACCGUUGUGUCUGGCAGCUCAACUGAAACCGAUGUAGUCUCAUUCUACAAGACUGUUGAUUCUGAAGGCAACGAAAUCGUUACUUCCACCACCUACACUCUACAUGGUGCAUCAGUUCCAGCUCCAGUCACCACCACCGUUGUGUCUGGCAGCUCAACUGAAACCGAUGUAGUCUCAUUCUACAAGACUGUUGAUUCUGAAGGCAACGAAAUCGUUACUUCCACCACCUACACUCUACAUGGUGCAUCAGUUCCAGCUCCAGUCACCACCACCGUUGUGUCUGGCAGCUCAACCGAAACCGAUGUAGUCUCAUUCUACAAGACUGUUGAUUCUGAAGACAACGAAAUCGUUACUUCCACCACCUACACUCUACAUGGUGCAUCAGUUCCAGCUCCAGUCACCACCACCGUUGUGUCUGGCAGCUCAACCGAAACCGAUGUAGUCUCAUUCUACAAGACUGUUGAUUCUGAAGGCAACGAAAUCGUUACUUCCACCACCUACACUCUACAUGGUGCAUCAGUUCCAGCUCCAGUCACCACCACCGUUGUGUCUGGCAGCUCAACUGAAACCGAUGUAGUCUCAUUCUACAAGACUGUUGAUUCUGAAGGCAACGAAAUCGUUACUUCCACCACCUACACUCUACAUGGUGCAUCAGUUCCAUCUGCCUUCACCACCACCGUUGUGUCUGGCAGCUCAACUGAAACCGAUGUAAUUUCAUUCUACAAGACUGUUGAUUCUGAAGACAACGAAAUCGUUACUUCCACCACCUACACUCUACAUGAUGCAUCAGUUCCAGCUCCAGUCACCACCACCGUUGUGUCUGGCAGCUCAACUGAAACCGAUGUAGUCUCAUUCUACAAGACUGUUGAUUCUGAAGACAACGAAAUCGUUACUUCCACCACCUACACUCUACAUGGUGCAUCAGUUCCAUCUGCCUUCACCACCACCGUUGUGUCUGGCAGCUCAACUGAAACCGAUGUAGUCUCAUUCUACAAGACUGUUGAUUCUGAAGGCAACGAAAUCGUUACUUCCACCACCUACACUCUACAUGGUGCAUCAGUUCCAGCUCCAGUCACCACCACCGUUGUGUCUGGCAGCUCAACUGAAACCGAUGUAGUCUCAUUCUACAAGACUGUUGAUUCUGAAGGCAACGAAAUCGUUACUUCCACCACCUACACUCUACAUGGUGCAUCAGUUCCAUCUGCCUUCACCACCACCGUUGUGUCUGGCAGCUCAACUGAAACCGAUGUAGUCUCAUUCUACAAGACUGUUGAUUCUGAAGACAACGAAAUCGUUACUUCCACCACCUACACUCUACAUGAUGCAUCAGUUCCAGCUCCAGUCACCACCACCGUUGUGUCUGGCAGCUCAACCGAAACCGAUGUAGUCUCAUUCUACAAGACUGUUGAUUCUGAAGGCAACGAAAUCGUUACUUCCACCACCUACACUCUACAUGAUGCAUCAGUUCCAGCUCCAGUCACCACCACCGUUGUGUCUGGCAGCUCAACUGAAACCGAUGUAGUCUCAUUCUACAAGACUGUUGAUUCUGAAGACAACGAAAUCGUUACUUCCACCACCUACACUCUACAUGGUGCAUCAGUUCCAGCUCCAGUCACCACCACCAUUGUGUCUGGCAGCUCAACUGAAACCGAUGUAGUCUCAUUCUACAAGACUGUUGAUUCUGAAGGCAACGAAAUCGUUACUUCCACCACCUACACUCUACAUGGUGCAUCAGUUCCAGCUCCAGUCACCACCACCGUUGUGUCUGGCAGCUCAACUGAAACCGAUGUAGUCUCAUUCUACAAGACUGUUGAUUCUGAAGACAACGAAAUCGUUACUUCCACCACCUACACUCUACAUGGUGCAUCAGUUCCAUCUGCCUUCACCACCACUGUUGUGUCUGGCAGCUCAACUGAAACCGAUGUAGUCUCAUUCUACAAGACUGUUGAUUCUGAAGACAACGAAAUCGUUACUUCCACCACCUACACUCUACAUGGUGCAUCAGUUCCAGCUCCAGUCACCACCACCGUUGUGUCUGGCAGCUCAACUGAAACCGAUGUAGUCUCAUUCUACAAGACUGUUGAUUCUGAAGGCAACGAAAUCGUUACUUCCACCACCUACACUCUACAUGGUGCAUCAGUUCCAGCUCCAGUCACCACCACCGUUGUGUCUGGCAGCUCAACCGAAACCGAUGUAGUCUCAUUCUACAAGACUGUUGAUUCUGAAGACAACGAAAUCGUUACUUCCACCACCUACACUCUACAUGGUGCAUCAGUUCCAGCUCCAGUCACCACCACCGUUGUGUCUGGCAGCUCAACUGAAACCGAUGUAGUCUCAUUCUACAAGACUGUUGAUUCUGAAGGCAACGAAAUCGUUACUUCCACCACCUACACUCUACAUGGUGCAUCAGUUCCAGCUCCAAUCACCACCACCAUUGUGUCUGGCAGCUCAACUGAAACCGAUGUAGUCUCAUUCUACAAGACUGUUGAUUCUGAAGGCAACGAAAUCGUUACUUCCACCACCUACACUCUACAUGGUGCAUCAGUUCCAGCUCCAGUCACCACCACCGUUGUGUCUGGCAGCUCAACCGAAACCGAUGUAGUCUCAUUCUACAAGACUGUUGAUUCUGAAGGCAACGAAAUCGUUACUUCCACCACCUACACUCUACAUGGUGCAUCAGUUCCAGCUCCAAUCACCACCACCAUUGUGUCUGGCAGCUCAACCGAAACCGAUGUAGUCUCAUUCUACAAGACUGUUGAUUCUGAAGACAACGAAAUCGUUACUUCCACCACCUACACUCUACAUGGUGCAUCAGUUCCAUCUGCCUUCACCACCACCGUUGUGUCUGGCAGCUUAACUGAAACCGAUGUAGUCUCAUUCUACAAGACUGUUGAUUCUGAAGGCAACGAAAUCGUUACUUCCACCACCUACACUCUACAUGGUGCAUCAGUUCCAGCUCCAGUCACCACCACCGUUGUGUCUGGCAGCUCAACCGAAACCGAUGUAGUCUCAUUCUACAAGACUGUUGAUUCUGAAGACAACGAAAUCGUUACUUCCACCACCUACACUCUACAUGGUGCAUCAGUUCCAGCUCCAGUCACCACCACCGUUGUGUCUGGCACCUCAACUGAAACCGAUGUAGUCUCAUUCUACAAGACUGUUGAUUCUGAAGGCAACGAAAUCGUUACUUCCACCACCUACACUCUACAUGGUGCAUCAGUUCCAGCUCCAGUCACCACCACCGUUGUGUCUGGCAGCUCAACCGAAACCGAUGUAGUCUCAUUCUACAAGACUGUUGAUUCUGAAGGCAACGAAAUCGUUACUUCCACCACCUACACUCUACAUGGUGCAUCAGUUCCAGCUCCAGUCACCACCACCGUUGUGUCUGGCAGCUCAACCGAAACCGAUGUAGUCUCAUUCUACAAGACUGUUGAUUCUGAAGACAACGAAAUCGUUACUUCCACCACCUACACUCUACAUGGUGCAUCAGUUCCAGCUCCAAUCACCACCACCAUUGUGUCUGGCAGCUCAACUGAAACCGAUGUAGUCUCAUUCUACAAGACUGUUGAUUCUGAAGGCAACGAAAUCGUUACUUCCACCACCUACACUCUACAUGGUGCAUCAGUUCCAGCUCCAGUCACCACCACCGUUGUGUCUGGCAGCUCAACUGAAACCGAUGUAGUCUCAUUCUACAAGACUGUUGAUUCUGAAGGCAACGAAAUCGUUACUUCCACCACCUACACUCUACAUGGUGCAUCAGUUCCAGCUCCAAUCACCACCACCAUUGUGUCUGGCAGCUCAACCGAAACCGAUGUAGUCUCAUUCUACAAGACUGUUGAUUCUGAAGACAACGAAAUCGUUACUUCCACCACCUACACUCUACAUGGUGCAUCAGUUCCAUCUGCCUUCACCACCACCGUUGUGUCUGGCAGCUUAACUGAAACCGAUGUAGUCUCAUUCUACAAGACUGUUGAUUCUGAAGGCAACGAAAUCGUUACUUCCACCACCUACACUCUACAUGGUGCAUCAGUUCCAGCUCCAGUCACCACCACCGUUGUGUCUGGCAGCUCAACCGAAACCGAUGUAGUCUCAUUCUACAAGACUGUUGAUUCUGAAGACAACGAAAUCGUUACUUCCACCACCUACACUCUACAUGGUGCAUCAGUUCCAGCUCCAGUCACCACCACCGUUGUGUCUGGCACCUCAACUGAAACCGAUGUAGUCUCAUUCUACAAGACUGUUGAUUCUGAAGGCAACGAAAUCGUUACUUCCACCACCUACACUCUACAUGGUGCAUCAGUUCCAUCUGCCUUCACCACCACCGUUGUGUCUGGCAGCUCAACUGAAACCGAUGUAGUCUCAUUCUACAAGACUGUUGAUUCUGAAGACAACGAAAUCGUUACUUCCACCACCUACACUCUACAUGGUGCAUCAGUUCCAUCUGCCUUCACCACCACCGUUGUGUCUGGCAGCUCAACUGAAACCGAUGUAGUCUCAUUCUACAAGACUGUUGAUUCUGAAGGCAACGAAAUCGUUACUUCCACCACUUACACUCUACAUGGUGCAUCAGUUCCAGCUCCAGUCACCACCACCGUUGUGUCUGGCAGCUCAACUGAAACCGAUGUAGUCUCAUUCUACAAGACUGUUGAUUCUGAAGGCAACGAAAUCGUUACUUCCACCACCUACACUCUACAUGGUGCAUCAGUUCCAGCUCCAGUCACCACCACCGUUGUGUCUGGCAGCUCAACCGAAACCGAUGUAGUCUCAUUCUACAAGACUGUUGAUUCUGAAGACAACGAAAUCGUUACUUCCACCACCUACACUCUACAUGGUGCAUCAGUUCCAGCUCCAGUCACCACCACCGUUGUGUCUGGCAGCUCAACCGAAACCGAUGUAGUCUCAUUCUACAAGACUGUUGAUUCUGAAGACAACGAAAUCGUUACUUCCACCACUUACACUCUACAUGGUGCAUCAGUUCCAGCUCCAGUCACCACCACCGUUGUGUCUGGCAGCUCAACUGAAACCGAUGUAGUCUCAUUCUACAAGACUGUUGAUUCUGAAGACAACGAAAUCGUUACUUCCACCACUUACACUCUACAUGGUGCAUCAGUUCCAGCUCCAGUCACCACCACCGUUGUGUCUGGCAGCUCAACUGAAACCGAUGUAGUCUCAUUCUACAAGACUGUUGAUUCUGAAGACAACGAAAUCGUUACUUCCACCACCUACACUCUACAUGGUGCAUCAGUUCCAUCUGCCUUCACCACCACCGUUGUGUCUGGCAGCUCAACUGAAACCGAUGUAGUCUCAUUCUACAAGACUGUUGAUUCUGAAGGCAACGAAAUCGUUACUUCCACCACCUACACUCUACAUGGUGCAUCAGUUCCAGCUCCAGUCACCACCACCGUUGUGUCUGGCAGCUCAACUGAAACCGAUGUAGUCUCAUUCUACAAGACUGUUGAUUCUGAAGGCAACGAAAUCGUUACUUCCACCACCUACACUCUACAUGGUGCAUCAGUUCCAGCUCCAGUCACCACCACCGUUGUGUCUGGCAGCUCAACUGAAACCGAUGUAGUCUCAUUCUACAAGACUGUUGAUUCUGAAGGCAACGAAAUCGUUACUUCCACCACCUACACUCUACAUGGUGCAUCAGUUCCAUCUGCCUUCACCACCACCGUUGUGUCUGGCAGCUCAACCGAAACCGAUGUAGUUUCAUUCUACAAGACUGUUGAUUCUGAAGACAACGAAAUCGUUACUUCCACCACCUACACUCUACAUGGUGCAUCAGUUCCAGCUCCAAUCACCACCACCGUUGUGUCUGGCAGCUCAACCGAAACCGAUGUAGUCUCAUUCUACAAGACUGUUGAUUCUGAAGGCAACGAAAUCGUUACUUCCACCACCUACACUCUACAUGGUGCAUCAGUUCCAUCUGCCUUCACCACCACCGUUGUGUCUGGCAGCUCAACCGAAACCGAUGUAGUCUCAUUCUACAAGACUGUUGAUUCUGAAGACAACGAAAUCGUUACUUCCACCACCUACACUCUACAUGGUGCAUCAGUUCCAGCUCCAGUCACCACCACCGUUGUGUCUGGCAGCUCAACUGAAACCGAUGUAGUCUCAUUCUACAAGACUGUUGAUUCUGAAGGCAACGAAAUCGUUACUUCCACCACCUACACUCUACAUGAUGCAUCAGUUCCAGCUCCAGUCACCACCACCGUUGUGUCUGGCAGCUCAACUGAAACCGAUGUAGUCUCAUUCUACAAGACUGUUGAUUCUGAAGACAACGAAAUCGUUACUUCCACCACCUACACUCUACAUGGUGCAUCAGUUCCAGCUCCAAUCACCACCACCAUUGUGUCUGGCAGCUCAACUGAAACCGAUGUAGUCUCAUUCUACAAGACUGUUGAUUCUGAAGGCAACGAAAUCGUUACUUCCACCACCUACACUCUACAUGGUGCAUCAGUUCCAGCUCCAGUCACCACCACCGUUGUGUCUGGCAGCUCAACUGAAACCGAUGUAGUCUCAUUCUACAAGACUGUUGAUUCUGAAGGCAACGAAAUCGUUACUUCCACCACCUACACUCUACAUGGUGCAUCAGUUCCAGCUCCAGUCACCACCACCGUUGUGUCUGGCAGCUCAACCGAAACCGAUGUAGUCUCAUUCUACAAGACUGUUGAUUCUGAAGACAACGAAAUCGUUACUUCCACCACCUACACUCUACAUGGUGCAUCAGUUCCAUCUGCCUUCACCACCACCGUUGUGUCUGGCAGCUCAACCGAAACCGAUGUAGUCUCAUUCUACAAGACUGUUGAUUCUGAAGACAACGAAAUCGUUACUUCCACCACCUACACUCUACAUGGUGCAUCAGUUCCAUCUGCCUUCACCACCACCGUUGUGUCUGGCAGCUUAACUGAAACCGAUGUAGUCUCAUUCUACAAGACUGUUGAUUCUGAAGGCAACGAAAUCGUUACUUCCACCACCUACACUCUACAUGGUGCAUCAGUUCCAGCUCCAGUCACCACCACCGUUGUGUCUGGCAGCUCAACCGAAACCGAUGUAGUCUCAUUCUACAAGACUGUUGAUUCUGAAGACAACGAAAUCGUUACUUCCACCACCUACACUCUACAUGGUGCAUCAGUUCCAGCUCCAGUCACCACCACCGUUGUGUCUGGCACCUCAACUGAAACCGAUGUAGUCUCAUUCUACAAGACUGUUGAUUCUGAAGGCAACGAAAUCGUUACUUCCACCACCUACACUCUACAUGGUGCAUCAGUUCCAGCUCCAAUCACCACCACCAUUGUGUCUGGCAGCUCAACUGAAACCGAUGUAGUCUCAUUCUACAAGACUGUUGAUUCUGAAGGCAACGAAAUCGUUACUUCCACCACCUACACUCUACAUGGUGCAUCAGUUCCAGCUCCAGUCACCACCACCGUUGUGUCUGGCAGCUCAACCGAAACCGAUGUAGUCUCAUUCUACAAGACUGUUGAUUCUGAAGACAACGAAAUCGUUACUUCCACCACCUACACUCUACAUGGUGCAUCAGUUCCAGCUCCAGUCACCACCACCGUUGUGUCUGGCAGCUCAACUGAAACCGAUGUAGUCUCAUUCUACAAGACUGUUGAUUCUGAAGACAACGAAAUCGUUACUUCCACCACCUACACUCUACAUGGUGCAUCAGUUCCAGCUCCAAUCACCACCACCGUUGUGUCUGGCAGCUCAACCGAAACCGAUGUAGUCUCAUUCUACAAGACUGUUGAUUCUGAAGACAACGAAAUCGUUACUUCCACCACCUACACUCUACAUGGUGCAUCAGUUCCAGCUCCAGUCACCACCACCGUUGUGUCUGGCAGCUCAACCGAAACCGAUGUAGUCUCAUUCUACAAGACUGUUGAUUCUGAAGACAACGAAAUCGUUACUUCCACCACCUACACUCUACAUGGUGCAUCAGUUCCAGCUCCAGUCACCACCACCGUUGUGUCUGGCAGCUCAACUGAAACCGAUGUAGUCUCAUUCUACAAGACUGUUGAUUCUGAAGGCAACGAAAUCGUUACUUCCACCACCUACACUCUACAUGGUGCAUCAGUUCCAGCUCCAAUCACCACCACCGUUGUGUCUGGCAGCUCAACCGAAACCGAUGUAGUCUCAUUCUACAAGACUGUUGAUUCUGAAGGCAACGAAAUCGUUACUUCCACCACCUACACUCUACAUGGUGCAUCAGUUCCAUCUGCCUUCACCACCACCGUUGUGUCUGGCAGCUCAACCGAAACCGAUGUAGUCUCAUUCUACAAGACUGUUGAUUCUGAAGACAACGAAAUCGUUACUUCCACCACCUACACUCUACAUGAUGCAUCAGUUCCAGCUCCAGUCACCACCACCGUUGUGUCUGGCAGCUCAACUGAAACCGAUGUAGUCUCAUUCUACAAGACUGUUGAUUCUGAAGACAACGAAAUCGUUACUUCCACCACCUACACUCUACAUGGUGCAUCAGUUCCAUCUGCCUUCACCACCACUGUUGUGUCUGGCAGCUCAACUGAAACCGAUGUAGUCUCAUUCUACAAGACUGUUGAUUCUGAAGACAACGAAAUCGUUACUUCCACCACCUACACUCUACAUGGUGCAUCAGUUCCAGCUCCAAUCACCACCACCGUUGUGUCUGGCAGCUCAACCGAAACCGAUGUAGUCUCAUUCUACAAGACUGUUGAUUCUGAAGACAACGAAAUCGUUACUUCCACCACCUACACUCUACAUGGUGCAUCAGUUCCAGCUCCAGUCACCACCACCGUUGUGUCUGGCAGCUCAACUGAAACCGAUGUAGUCUCAUUCUACAAGACUGUUGAUUCUGAAGACAACGAAAUCGUUACUUCCACCACCUACACUCUACAUGGUGCAUCAGUUCCAGCUCCAGUCACCACCACCGUUGUGUCUGGCAGCUCAACUGAAACCGAUGUAGUCUCAUUCUACAAGACUGUUGAUUCUGAAGACAACGAAAUCGUUACUUCCACCACCUACACUCUACAUGGUGCAUCAGUUCCAGCUCCAGUCACCACCACCGUUGUGUCUGGCAGCUCAACCGAAACCGAUGUAGUCUCAUUCUACAAGACUGUUGAUUCUGAAGACAACGAAAUCGUUACUUCCACCACCUACACUCUACAUGGUGCAUCAGUUCCAGCUCCAGUCACCACCACCGUUGUGUCUGGCAGCUCAACUGAAACCGAUGUAGUCUCAUUCUACAAGACUGUUGAUUCUGAAGGCAACGAAAUCGUUACUUCCACCACCUACACUCUACAUGGUGCAUCAGUUCCAGCUCCAGUCACCACCACCGUUGUGUCUGGCAGCUCAACCGAAACCGAUGUAGUCUCAUUCUACAAGACUGUUGAUUCUGAAGACAACGAAAUCGUUACUUCCACCACCUACACUCUACAUGGUGCAUCAGUUCCAGCUCCAGUCACCACCACCGUUGUGUCUGGCAGCUCAACCGAAACCGAUGUAGUCUCAUUCUACAAGACUGUUGAUUCUGAAGACAACGAAAUCGUUACUUCCACCACCUACACUCUACAUGGUGCAUCAGUUCCAUCUGCCUUCACCACCACCGUUGUGUCUGGCAGCUUAACUGAAACCGAUGUAGUCUCAUUCUACAAGACUGUUGAUUCUGAAGGCAACGAAAUCGUUACUUCCACCACCUACACUCUACAUGGUGCAUCAGUUCCAGCUCCAGUCACCACCACCGUUGUGUCUGGCAGCUCAACCGAAACCGAUGUAGUCUCAUUCUACAAGACUGUUGAUUCUGAAGACAACGAAAUCGUUACUUCCACCACCUACACUCUACAUGGUGCAUCAGUUCCAGCUCCAGUCACCACCACCGUUGUGUCUGGCACCUCAACUGAAACCGAUGUAGUCUCAUUCUACAAGACUGUUGAUUCUGAAGGCAACGAAAUCGUUACUUCCACCACCUACACUCUACAUGGUGCAUCAGUUCCAGCUCCAGUCACCACCACCGUUGUGUCUGGCAGCUCAACCGAAACCGAUGUAGUCUCAUUCUACAAGACUGUUGAUUCUGAAGGCAACGAAAUCGUUACUUCCACCACCUACACUCUACAUGGUGCAUCAGUUCCAGCUCCAGUCACCACCACCGUUGUGUCUGGCAGCUCAACCGAAACCGAUGUAGUCUCAUUCUACAAGACUGUUGAUUCUGAAGACAACGAAAUCGUUACUUCCACCACCUACACUCUACAUGGUGCAUCAGUUCCAUCUGCCUUCACCACCACCGUUGUGUCUGGCAGCUCAACCGAAACCGAUGUAGUCUCAUUCUACAAGACUGUUGAUUCUGAAGACAACGAAAUCGUUACUUCCACCACCUACACUCUACAUGGUGCAUCAGUUCCAGCUCCAAUCACCACCACCAUUGUGUCUGGCAGCUCAACUGAAACCGAUGUAGUUUCAUUCUACAAGACUGUUGAUUCUGAAGGCAACGAAAUCGUUACUUCCACCACCUACACUCUACAUGGUGCAUCAGUUCCAGCUCCAGUCACCACCACCGUUGUGUCUGGCAGCUCAACUGAAACCGAUGUAGUCUCAUUCUACAAGACUGUUGAUUCUGAAGGCAACGAAAUCGUUACUUCCACCACCUACACUCUACAUGGUGCAUCAGUUCCAGCUCCAGUCACCACCACCGUUGUGUCUGGCAGCUCAACCGAAACCGAUGUAGUCUCAUUCUACAAGACUGUUGAUUCUGAAGACAACGAAAUCGUUACUUCCACCACCUACACUCUACAUGGUGCAUCAGUUCCAUCUGCCUUCACCACCACCGUUGUGUCUGGCAGCUCAACCGAAACCGAUGUAGUCUCAUUCUACAAGACUGUUGAUUCUGAAGACAACGAAAUCGUUACUUCCACCACCUACACUCUACAAGGUGCAUCAGUUCCAUCUGCCUUCACCACCACCGUUGUGUCUGGCAGCUCAACCGAAACCGAUGUAGUCUCAUUCUACAAGACUGUUGAUUCUGAAGACAACGAAAUCGUUACUUCCACCACCUACACUCUACAUGGUGCAUCAGUUCCAGCUCCAAUCACCACCACCAUUGUGUCUGGCAGCUCAACCGAAACCGAUGUAGUCUCAUUCUACAAGACUGUUGAUUCUGAAGACAACGAAAUCGUUACUUCCACCACCUACACUCUACAUGGUGCAUCAGUUCCAUCUGCCUUCACCACCACCGUUGUGUCUGGCAGCUCAACUGAAACCGAUGUAGUCUCAUUCUACAAGACUGUUGAUUCUGAAGACAACGAAAUCGUUACUUCCACCACCUACACUCUACAAGGUGCAUCAGUUCCAUCUGCCUUCACCACCACCGUUGUGUCUGGCAGUUCAACUGAAACCGAUGUAGUCUCAUUCUACAAGACUGUUGAUUCUGAAGGCAACGAAAUCGUUACUUCCACCACCUACACUCUACAUGGUGCAUCAGUUCCAGCUCCAAUCACCACCACCGUUGUGUCUGGCAGCUCAACCGAAACCGAUGUAGUCUCAUUCUACAAGACUGUUGAUUCUGAAGGCAACGAAAUCGUUACUUCCACCACCUACACUCUACAUGGUGCAUCAGUUCCAGCUCCAGUCACCACCACCGUUGUGUCUGGCAGCUCAACCGAAACCGAUGUAGUCUCAUUCUACAAGACUGUUGAUUCUGAAGACAACGAAAUCGUUACUUCCACUACCUACACUCUACAAGGUGCAUCAGUUCCAUCUGCCUUCACCACCACCGUUGUGUCUGGCAGCUCAACCGAAACCGAUGUAGUCUCAUUCUACAAGACUGUUGAUUCUGAAGGCAACGAAAUCGUUACUUCCACCACCUACACUCUACAUGGUGCAUCAGUUCCAGCUCCAGUCACCACCACCGUUGUGUCUGGCAGCUCAACCGAAACCGAUGUAGUCUCAUUCUACAAGACUGUUGAUUCUGAAGACAACGAAAUCGUUACUUCCACCACCUACACUCUACAUGGUGCAUCAGUUCCAGCUCCAAUCACCACCACCAUUGUGUCUGGCAGCUCAACUGAAACCGAUGUAGUCUCAUUCUACAAGACUGUUGAUUCUGAAGGCAACGAAAUCGUUACUUCCACCACCUACACUCUACAUAGUGCAUCAGUUCCAGCUCCAAUCACCACCACCGUUGUGUCUGGCAGCUCAACUGAAACCGAUGUAGUCUCAUUCUACAAGACUGUUGAUUCUGAAGACAACGAAAUCGUUACUUCCACCACCUACACUCUACAUGGUGCAUCAGUUCCAGCUCCAGUCACCACCACCGUUGUGUCUGGCAGCUCAACUGAAACCGAUGUAGUCUCAUUCUACAAGACUGUUGAUUCUGAAGGCAACGAAAUCGUUACUUCCACCACCUACACUCUACAUGGUGCAUCAGUUCCAGCUCCAAUCACCACCACCAUUGUGUCUGGCAGCUCAACCGAAACCGAUGUAGUCUCAUUCUACAAGACUGUUGAUUCUGAAGACAACGAAAUCGUUACUUCCACCACCUACACUCUACAUGGUGCAUCAGUUCCAUCUGCCUUCACCACCACCGUUGUGUCUGGCAGCUUAACUGAAACCGAUGUAGUCUCAUUCUACAAGACUGUUGAUUCUGAAGGCAACGAAAUCGUUACUUCCACCACCUACACUCUACAUGGUGCAUCAGUUCCAGCUCCAAUCACCACCACCGUUGUGUCUGGCAGCUCAACCGAAACCGAUGUAGUCUCAUUCUACAAGACUGUUGAUUCUGAAGGCAACGAAAUCGUUACUUCCACCACCUACACUCUACAUGGUGCAUCAGUUCCAGCUCCAGUCACCACCACCGUUGUGUCUGGCAGCUCAACCGAAACCGAUGUAGUCUCAUUCUACAAGACUGUUGAUUCUGAAGACAACGAAAUCGUUACUUCCACCACCUACACUCUACAUGGUGCAUCAGUUCCAGCUCCAGUCACCACCACCGUUGUGUCUGGCACCUCAACUGAAACCGAUGUAGUCUCAUUCUACAAGACUGUUGAUUCUGAAGGCAACGAAAUCGUUACUUCCACCACCUACACUCUACAUGGUGCAUCAGUUCCAGCUCCAGUCACCACCACCGUUGUGUCUGGCAGCUCAACCGAAACCGAUGUAGUCUCAUUCUACAAGACUGUUGAUUCUGAAGGCAACGAAAUCGUUACUUCCACCACCUACACUCUACAUGGUGCAUCAGUUCCAGCUCUAAUCACCACCACCGUUGUGUCUGGCAGCUCAACCGAAACCGAUGUAGUCUCAUUCUACAAGACUGUUGAUUCUGAAGACAACGAAAUCGUUACUUCCACCACCUACACUCUACAUGGUGCAUCAGUUCCAGCUCCAGUCACCACCACCGUUGUGUCUGGCAGCUCAACCGAAACCGAUGUAGUCUCAUUCUACAAGACUGUUGAUUCUGAAGGCAACGAAAUCGUUACUUCCACCACCUACACUCUACAUGGUGCAUCAGUUCCAGCUCCAGUCACCACCACCGUUGUGUCUGGCAGCUCAACCGAAACCGAUGUAGUCUCAUUCUACAAGACUGUUGAUUCUGAAGACAACGAAAUCGUUACUUCCACCACCUACACUCUACAUGGUGCAUCAGUUCCAUCUGCCUUCACCACCACCGUUGUGUCUGGCAGCUCAACUGAAACCGAUGUAGUCUCAUUCUACAAGACUGUUGAUUCUGAAGACAACGAAAUCGUUACUUCCACCACCUACACUCUACAUGGUGCAUCAGUUCCAGCUCCAGUCACCACCACCGUUGUGUCUGGCAGCUCAACCGAAACCGAUGUAGUCUCAUUCUACAAGACUGUUGAUUCUGAAGGCAACGAAAUCGUUACUUCCACCACCUACACUCUACAUGGUGCAUCAGUUCCAGCUCCAGUCACCACCACCGUUGUGUCUGGCAGCUCAACCGAAACCGAUGUAGUCUCAUUCUACAAGACUGUUGAUUCUGAAGACAACGAAAUCGUUACUUCCACCACCUACACUCUACAUGGUGCAUCAGUUCCAGCUCCAGUCACCACCACCGUUGUGUCUGGCAGCUCAACUGAAACCGAUGUAGUCUCAUUCUACAAGACUGUUGAUUCUGAAGGCAACGAAAUCGUUACUUCCACCACCUACACUCUACAUGGUGCAUCAGUUCCAGCUCCAAUCACCACCACCAUUGUGUCUGGCAGCUCAACUGAAACCGAUGUAGUCUCAUUCUACAAGACUGUUGAUUCUGAAGGCAACGAAAUCGUUACUUCCACCACCUACACUCUACAUGGUGCAUCAGUUCCAUCUGCCUUCACCACCACCGUUGUGUCUGGCAGCUCAACUGAAACCGAUGUAGUCUCAUUCUACAAGACUGUUGAUUCUGAAGGCAACGAAAUCGUUACUUCCACCACCUACACUCUACAUGGUGCAUCAGUUCCAUCUGCCUUCACCACCACCGUUGUGUCUGGCAGCUCAACCGAAACCGAUGUAGUCUCAUUCUACAAGACUGUUGAUUCUGAAGACAACGAAAUCGUUACUUCCACCACCUACACUCUACAUGGUGCAUCAGUUCCAGCUCCAGUCACCACCACCGUUGUGUCUGGCAGCUCAACUGAAACCGAUGUAGUCUCAUUCUACAAGACUGUUGAUUCUGAAGGCAACGAAAUCGUUACUUCCACCACCUACACUCUACAUGGUGCAUCAGUUCCAGCUCCAGUCACCACCACCGUUGUGUCUGGCAGCUCAACUGAAACCGAUGUAGUCUCAUUCUACAAGACUGUUGAUUCUGAAGACAACGAAAUCGUUACUUCCACCACCUACACUCUACAUGGUGCAUCAGUUCCAGCUCCAAUCACCACCACCAUUGUGUCUGGCAGCUCAACUGAAACCGAUGUAGUCUCAUUCUACAAGACUGUUGAUUCUGAAGGCAACGAAAUCGUUACUUCCACCACCUACACUCUACAUGGUGCAUCAGUUCCAGCUCCAGUCACCACCACCGUUGUGUCUGGCAGCUCAACUGAAACCGAUGUAGUCUCAUUCUACAAGACUGUUGAUUCUGAAGACAACGAAAUCGUUACUUCCACCACCUACACUCUACAUGGUGCAUCAGUUCCAUCUGCCUUCACCACCACUGUUGUGUCUGGCAGCUCAACUGAAACCGAUGUAGUCUCAUUCUACAAGACUGUUGAUUCUGAAGACAACGAAAUCGUUACUUCCACCACCUACACUCUACAUGGUGCAUCAGUUCCAGCUCCAGUCACCACCACCGUUGUGUCUGGCAGCUCAACCGAAACCGAUGUAGUCUCAUUCUACAAGACUGUUGAUUCUGAAGACAACGAAAUCGUUACUUCCACCACCUACACUCUACAUGGUGCAUCAGUUCCAGCUCCAGUCACCACCACCGUUGUGUCUGGCAGCUCAACCGAAACCGAUGUAGUCUCAUUCUACAAGACUGUUGAUUCUGAAGGCAACGAAAUCGUUACUUCCACCACCUACACUCUACAUGGUGCAUCAGUUCCAGCUCCAGUCACCACCACCGUUGUGUCUGGCAGCUCAACUGAAACCGAUGUAGUCUCAUUCUACAAGACUGUUGAUUCUGAAGGCAACGAAAUCGUUACUUCCACCACCUACACUCUACAUGGUGCAUCAGUUCCAGCUCCAGUCACCACCACCGUUGUGUCUGGCAGCUCAACUGAAACCGAUGUAGUCUCAUUCUACAAGACUGUUGAUUCUGAAGGCAACGAAAUCGUUACUUCCACCACCUACACUCUACAUGGUGCAUCAGUUCCAGCUCCAAUCACCACCACCAUUGUGUCUGGCAGCUCAACUGAAACCGAUGUAGUCUCAUUCUACAAGACUGUUGAUUCUGAAGGCAACGAAAUCGUUACUUCCACCACCUACACUCUACAUGGUGCAUCAGUUCCAUCUGCCUUCACCACCACCGUUGUGUCUGGCAGCUCAACUGAAACCGAUGUAGUCUCAUUCUACAAGACUGUUGAUUCUGAAGACAACGAAAUCGUUACUUCCACCACCUACACUCUACAUGGUGCAUCAGUUCCAGCUCCAGUCACCACCACCGUUGUGUCUGGCAGCUCAACUGAAACCGAUGUAGUCUCAUUCUACAAGACUGUUGAUUCUGAAGGCAACGAAAUCGUUACUUCCACCACCUACACUCUACAUGGUGCAUCAGUUCCAGCUCCAGUCACCACCACCGUUGUGUCUGGCAGCUCAACCGAAACCGAUGUAGUCUCAUUCUACAAGACUGUUGAUUCUGAAGGCAACGAAAUCGUUACUUCCACCACCUACACUCUACAUGGUGCAUCAGUUCCAGCUCCAGUCACCACCACCGUUGUGUCUGGCAGCUCAACCGAAACCGAUGUAGUCUCAUUCUACAAGACUGUUGAUUCUGAAGACAACGAAAUCGUUACUUCCACCACCUACACUCUACAUGGUGCAUCAGUUCCAGCUCCAGUCACCACCACCGUUGUGUCUGGCAGCUCAACUGAAACCGAUGUAGUCUCAUUCUACAAGACUGUUGAUUCUGAAGGCAACGAAAUCGUUACUUCCACCACCUACACUCUACAUGGUGCAUCAGUUCCAGCUCCAAUCACCACCACCAAUGUGUCUGGCAGCUCAACUGAAACCGAUGUAGUCUCAUUCUACAAGACUGUUGAUUCUGAAGGCAACGAAAUCGUUACUUCCACCACCUACACUCUACAUGGUGCAUCAGUUCCAGCUCCAGUCACCACCACCGUUGUGUCUGGCAGCUCAACCGAAACCGAUGUAGUCUCAUUCUACAAGACUGUUGAUUCUGAAGGCAACGAAAUCGUUACUUCCACCACCUACACUCUACAUGGUGCAUCAGUUCCAGCUCCAGUCACCACCACCGUUGUGUCUGGCAGCUCAACUGAAACCGAUGUAGUCUCAUUCUACAAGACUGUUGAUUCUGAAGGCAACGAAAUCGUUACUUCCACCACCUACACUCUACAUGGUGCAUCAGUUCCAUCUGCCUUCACCACCACCGUUGUGUCUGGCAGCUCAACCGAAACCGAUGUAGUCUCAUUCUACAAGACUGUUGAUUCUGAAGACAACGAAAUCGUUACUUCCACCACCUACACUCUACAUGGUGCAUCAGUUCCAGCUCCAGUCACCACCACCGUUGUGUCUGGCAGCUCAACUGAAACCGAUGUAGUCUCAUUCUACAAGACUGUUGAUUCUGAAGGCAACGAAAUCGUUACUUCCACCACCUACACUCUACAUGAUGCAUCAGUUCCAGCUCCAGUCACCACCACCGUUGUGUCUGGCAGCUCAACUGAAACCGAUGUAGUCUCAUUCUACAAGACUGUUGAUUCUGAAGACAACGAAAUCGUUACUUCCACCACCUACACUCUACAUGGUGCAUCAGUUCCAGCUCCAAUCACCACCACCAUUGUGUCUGGCAGCUCAACUGAAACCGAUGUAGUCUCAUUCUACAAGACUGUUGAUUCUGAAGGCAACGAAAUCGUUACUUCCACCACCUACACUCUACAUGGUGCAUCAGUUCCAGCUCCAGUCACCACCACCGUUGUGUCUGGCAGCUCAACUGAAACCGAUGUAGUCUCAUUCUACAAGACUGUUGAUUCUGAAGGCAACGAAAUCGUUACUUCCACCACCUACACUCUACAUGGUGCAUCAGUUCCAGCUCCAGUCACCACCACCGUUGUGUCUGGCAGCUCAACCGAAACCGAUGUAGUCUCAUUCUACAAGACUGUUGAUUCUGAAGACAACGAAAUCGUUACUUCCACCACCUACACUCUACAUGGUGCAUCAGUUCCAGCUCCAGUCACCACCACCGUUGUGUCUGGCAGCUCAACCGAAACCGAUGUAGUCUCAUUCUACAAGACUGUUGAUUCUGAAGACAACGAAAUCGUUACUUCCACCACCUACACUCUACAUGGUGCAUCAGUUCCAGCUCCAGUCACCACCACCGUUGUGUCUGGCAGCUCAACCGAAACCGAUGUAGUCUCAUUCUACAAGACUGUUGAUUCUGAAGGCAACGAAAUCGUUACUUCCACCACCUACACUCUACAUGGUGCAUCAGUUCCAGCUCCAGUCACCACCACCGUUGUGUCUGGCAGCUCAACCGAAACCGAUGUAGUCUCAUUCUACAAGACUGUUGAUUCUGAAGACAACGAAAUCGUUACUUCCACCACCUACACUCUACAUGGUGCAUCAGUUCCAUCUGCCUUCACCACCACCGUUGUGUCUGGCAGCUCAACCGAAACCGAUGUAGUCUCAUUCUACAAGACUGUUGAUUCUGAAGACAACGAAAUCGUUACUUCCACCACCUACACUCUACAUGGUGCAUCAGUUCCAGCUCCAAUCACCACCACCAUUGUGUCUGGCAGCUCAACUGAAACCGAUGUAGUCUCAUUCUACAAGACUGUUGAUUCUGAAGGCAACGAAAUCGUUACUUCCACCACCUACACUCUACAUGGUGCAUCAGUUCCAGCUCCAGUCACCACCACCGUUGUGUCUGGCAGCUCAACCGAAACCGAUGUAGUCUCAUUCUACAAGACUGUUGAUUCUGAAGACAACGAAAUCGUUACUUCCACCACUUACACUCUACAUGGUGCAUCAGUUCCAGCUCCAGUCACCACCACCGUUGUGUCUGGCAGCUCAACUGAAACCGAUGUAGUCUCAUUCUACAAGACUGUUGAUUCUGAAGACAACGAAAUCGUUACUUCCACCACUUACACUCUACAUGGUGCAUCAGUUCCAGCUCCAGUCACCACCACCGUUGUGUCUGGCAGCUCAACUGAAACCGAUGUAGUCUCAUUCUACAAGACUGUUGAUUCUGAAGGCAACGAAAUCGUUACUUCCACCACCUACACUCUACAUGGUGCAUCAGUUCCAUCUGCCUUCACCACCACCGUUGUGUCUGGCAGCUCAACUGAAACCGAUGUAGUCUCAUUCUACAAGACUGUUGAUUCUGAAGGCAACGAAAUCGUUACUUCCACCACCUACACUCUACAUGGUGCAUCAGUUCCAGCUCCAGUCACCACCACCGUUGUGUCUGGCAGCUCAACUGAAACCGAUGUAGUCUCAUUCUACAAGACUGUUGAUUCUGAAGGCAACGAAAUCGUUACUUCCACCACUUACACUCUACAUGGUGCAUCAGUUCCAGCUCCAGUCACCACCACCGUUGUGUCUGGCAGCUCAACUGAAACCGAUGUAGUCUCAUUCUACAAGACUGUUGAUUCUGAAGGCAACGAAAUCGUUACUUCCACCACCUACACUCUACAUGGUGCAUCAGUUCCAUCUGCCUUCACCACCACCGUUGUGUCUGGCAGCUCAACCGAAACCGAUGUAGUUUCAUUCUACAAGACUGUUGAUUCUGAAGACAACGAAAUCGUUACUUCCACCACCUACACUCUACAUGGUGCAUCAGUUCCAGCUCCAGUCACCACCACCGUUGUGUUUGUCAGUACCAGUAGUGUGUUUUGUUUUGAUAGUAUUUCUAUUUCAUCUAGUUUUUUGUUUUCGGAGAUUAUUGAGGACUCCAUUAAUUCUGAAGAUUAUAGUUCUACCAAUAAUGAUUUCGUAGUUUCAUCCUUUUCCAGUUCUUUAGGGUAUUAUAAUUCUUCGACUAUUGAAUUUUCCCAUCCUUCUACUAGUGUAUCUAGCCUCUCUUCUGAAUUGAGUAUAGAUAAAACUGGCUCUAUAUGUUCCCCGUACUCGAGUAUCAGUUCUAAAUUAGCUUCUGUAAAUGCUGAUGUCAGGAUGACUACUAAGACAUAUGCUGCUUCUCAGACAUCAAGAACGAAAUCCUUAUCAAAUCCGUAUUACACAUAUACAUCUGAUACUACAUCAUCUGUUCAUACUCAUGUCUCUUCACUCAUCGUGGAUUCUAGUUCUGAUAUAUCUGAAAUAAAUAACCACAUUUCACAAGUUCAAGAAACUACAAAAGAUCAAAAAACUGAAGGCUGUGAUUCAUAUUAUUCUUCUAGGACUCAACCUCAGUGUAUUGGUAAUGACUGUAACACGGAGUCAUCUGGAGGCCUUUUGUACACAACUGGAAAAUAUGAUUCUUCCUUAGGCGAUAUGUCUUCUGAAACAACACCAAUCUUUGAAGCAAUCGAAAGCUCGACUUUUACUAUCCCAACAGAUUUCACUGAUUCAAAAAUAAUUCCAACAUCUACUGUUCUAUCUAAUACAGAUUAUAUUUCUACAAUAAUCACAAGCACGACUUCGGCUCACAUUUCUGUUACACCUUCGACUGAAUCUUAUUCUUCAACUCAAUCGUUAAAAAGUUCUGAUUCAUUAGGAGCGAAUGUUAAUGGGAAAUCCAGUCUUUCGACUAGGGAUUUAUCUACAGUUAUUCCAACGCAGUUAAGUUCGGAAACUAGU